AUGUCCCAGGAGCUGGCAGUGUCGCUCUGGUGUGAAGAAGCAGGUGAUGCUCACAGUCUGGAGGAGGACCACACAGAGUCCCGAGUCCUGGUUGAGAUCCCAGUGCAGACCCGGGAUAGUCCGGUUGAGAUUCAGGAGCAGAACCAGGAGCGGUGCGAUGUCCCGGCCGCUUGGGACCCUUCCGUUUUGGGGCAGAGGGCGGUCACGAGGCUCCUUCAGCUGGAGAGGAGGUACCUGCCCUCGGCGCUGUAUGUCAGUCUGAUCCAGGGGGCGCCAGAGAGCAGAGACGAGCUGGUCAAAUGGGCCAUGGAGGUGUGCUCGGACGCGGGGUGUGAGGAGCAGGUCUUCCCCCUCUCGGUCUCUCUCUUGGACAGGUUCUUGAGUUCAUCUUUGUCUGUCCCGGCGUCUCCGUUUUGUCUGGUGGCGUCCUGUGUCCUCGUGGCGUCUAAAUUGACUGAGUGUGAGACGCUCCCUGUGGACACGCUGUGUGCCGCCGCAGAGUACAGCUUCAGCUCCCACAGCCUCAGGGAGAUGGAGCGUGUGCUGGUGGGGACUCUGAGCUGGGACCUGGCCUCCGUCACGCCACAGGACUUCCUCCCUCACUUCCUGUCUGCGGCGGUGACAUCAUCAUCACGUGAUGGCUCAGAUCUGGCGUCCACGGUGCGCAGACACAGUGACACUCUCUCCGCUCUGUGUGUGUGCGACCCGCGCUUCCUCGGGGCCCCUCCAUCGCUGCUUGCGGCCGGAGCUUUGUGCUGCGCUUUAAAGGGACUGGGAACCAACCAGCACCUGGAGCUGACCACAGAGAGGAUCGCUCACCUGUGUCAGACUGACCCCGCCGUGUUGCAGUACUUCUCUGAGAUGAUUGAGUUGGUUCUUCGUGAGCGUUUGAGCGGUGGACUCCAGAGUGCCCCCUCACAGAAAGAGGAGGAACUGACCGAGCCGCCGCGCCCUGGGACCCCGGCGGACAUGACAGAGAUCGACUUUUAA